AUGUCAUUUUUGCCCCCGAGCAGCAUCCGCGGAGAUAGAAGCUCCUCAACUGCUCUGGAUAUUCAAUAUAACAACUACGGAUUCGAUCCCGAAACGAACGGCCCCGAAUCAAGCACAAUGCAGUCAUUUCUCCAGCACCGCGCCCUCCGCAGAAAGCUCGAGCAACAAUUUGUUACAAAACAUGAGAAGCCCGAGAAUGUCUGGACCCAUGAGGGCCAGUACGGUUACCGUGAAGGAGAGAUCUACACGCAUCCCCGCGAGCGGAGUGAUGACUUGGCUGCCGAACGAAGGAGGGAGCAUGGCCAUCGUACUUUUAUAUCUGGGCCAUCUCUUCAACCUCGCCAUACCGCUGCAUCACAUCUCGGGCGGGAAGGAGAUAUCGAGGGCGCGGAGUAUGAUCCGGAACUCUCAACCGAUCCGCAUACCAUCAAUUCAGCAGACACACUGGGAAACACGCCUGAUAUUAUGGUGACUGGCGUUGAAAGACCCCGGCCCGGGGUUUCGACCGAUAGUGAAUCUGAUAUUGAGUCCGCGAAAAGGAAUAAACUCAUUGUCGUCACGUAUGAAGGUGAGGAUGACGAAAUGGAUCCUCACAACUGGACACUAAGACGUCGAAUGUUGGUGACUCUUCUCACUGCACUUAUGGGGUGUGUGAUCUUCUGGUCAUCCACAAUUGAUACAACUGCUCUCCCAGAAACCAGGAAAAUGUAUCACACCAGCUUUGAAGUCCAGGCUUUGCCAACUGCCAUGUUCCUAGUUGGUUGUGGAGUAGGCGCAUUGAUAACAGCGCCUAUAUCAGAAGUCAUCGGACGCAACCCUGUGUACAUCCCCACCAUGAUCGGGUUCAUGUUGUUCAACACAGGGGCAGGGCUUGCCCAGACAAUAGUACAGCGAGUUGUGUGCCGCGGUCUAGCUGGAUUCUUCGGGUCUGCCCCGGCAGUUCUAUCAGCAGCAACCCUCGUGGACGUCUGGUCACGCAUUGAAAGAGUCUACACCUUCCCGAUAUAUUCCAUAAUCAUCUUCAUAGGUCCAUUAGUGGGACCAACACCGGGUUCGUUCGCCGUCAGUGCUGAAUCGGUAAGCUGGCGCUGGGUGGACUGGAUGACCAUAAUAUUUGCAGGACUCGUCCUGAUCCCGGUUGUGCUCUUCCUGCCCGAGUCAUACAGCCCGAUCCUGCUGUACUGGAAAGCACAAGAACUCCGCCGCCUAACAGGCGACGACCGGUACCGGUCUCCGCUAGAGUUCAGAAAAGCCACUUUCGCCCACCGGCUGCGUACCGCACUAUACCGACCACUUCUGCUUUUUGCAACAGAGCCAAUCAUCUUGAUCCACUCGGUCUACCUCACAGUCUUGUUCAUGAUCCUAUACACCUUCCUCGCGGGCUACAUCUCCAUCUAUCAUAUAGCAAGCCACUUCAGUGCGACCUCCACUGCCCUCGCUUUCCUAGGCAUUUUGAGAUCUACCGCAGCCGCGGGAGGGGGCGAACACCGCCCGGACCCUGAGAUCAGUCUGUACAUGGCUAUGUUCGGUGCACCUGCUGUUCCCAUCUCGCUGUUCUGGAUGGGCUGGACGGCCAAACUUGAAAUCUCGUACUGGAGCCCGCUCGUCGCUUCGGUAUUCUAUGGCUUUGGGACGUUGUGUGUCUUUGUCUCGGGGUACCAGUACGUCUCCGAUGCGUUCGAGUCACAUGCUACAAGCGCGCUUUCCUCUCUUCAGAUGACGCGGCUUGUUGGUGCCGGCGUUAUGGUUAUUGUCGGGGACAUUAUGUAUAAGAACCUUGGCGUUGGAUGGACAUUGACUCUUUGGGGUUUCCUUUCGGCGUUGUUUAUGCCUAUGCCUUAUUUGCUCUACUGGAAGGGAUAUAACCUCCGUCAGCGGAGUUGGUACGCACGCAGGCAUGAACACGACUGA